UUUGAUAACGAAAAUUAACUGAAUAACAAAAUUUAAGUCAAGCGCAAAUUUUCCUCACCUCACCAAUUACCUUACAAGAUGACCGAGCUGCUUUCUAAGGAAAAAGAAUUUCUAAAAUUGAAUGAACAACUAAAUAUGAUGGCUUCCUCAGCGCUGGAACAACAUGCUUCACAGGCUAUUUCUGUCGCUGCAUCCGAUGUGGCUGGAACUAUGUCCUUUAGUUCAGGUCGUACCUCGACCGAUACUCGAUUCCUGACAUAUCAGAAGAGCAAGGGUCAAAGUACACUGUUAAGAAAGAAUGGUGCUGGCGAUGGAGCCCUAGAUGUUGUGGAUUUAUUUAAUCAAGCCACAGCCCCAAUUGCCAAGGAACGCCUUAAUCUGACAUUGCCCUAUCGUCAGGGCAACAAUCCCUACUCAAGUAGAUUUUCUACCUCACCUCGCAUUACAGUGACUGCUCCCACGCCAACGCCCCCUCCUACUACAGGACAGCCAGCGAAUUCAGGCAAAAUAACGCCAACUGUGGCCCCUUCUCCAAUAUCGAAAACAUCCACUAUAACACGACAUCGGCCACCCAACAAAGGCAAUGAAACCUAUCGAGCCCCUAAUCAAUCCCGUUUCAAUGGAAGUCGCAUUCCACCCACAAACACUUCUACAUUCACUGUAAAAUAUCGCAAUGCGAAAUUUGUUAAAAGUCCUUCUCUGGAGCUCUUGCACAAAGAGGAAUGUUCCACGUUACGAAGUCAACAAUCUUGUACUGAUUCCAACAAUCAUCUUGAAAGCAGUGCCAGCUCAGUGAUCAAUGAGGAUGUACAGUCUACGGGACGUCGUUCGCAAGCCAGCAUUUUGACAAUUGGUUCUAAGAAGAAUGUCAGCACAGAUGGUUUAAUCAAAUUUCUUAAAUCCAAAGUAACCAUACUGGAGGAAGAUCACACUCGUAUUUCCCAAGAAAUGGCCAAACAAAAAGAGCUACUCGAUAAGGCACUGGAUCAAGUCAAAGCCAUGGAACAACAACGUGAUCAAGCCUAUGCCAAACACAAUGCUCUCAAAGAUCAAUUGACCAAAGUCGAAAGCCAGUUAGAGGACGCGGGUCAAUGUAAUAAAGAUCGUAGCAAAGAACAAUUAAAACAACAAAAGGAAUUGGAAACUGCCAAAAGGGAGAUUAAAAUUUUAACCCAGAAUAAUAAGAAUUUAGAGAAACGCCUUUAUAAGGCUAAUGAGGAGAUGGAGAAUAGCCGCACCACAAUAACUCAAUUUAAAAAAUCCGAAAGAGAUCUGAAGGAGCAGUCUCGGGUUGAGCUAGAAGCCAAAGAGAAGCAAAUUAAAAACCUAAGAAAACAAAGAAUGGACUUGUUGAAUGCCUACAAAAAACAAUUAUACCUCAUUGACAAUUUGAAGCGGCAGACCAUAUGCAUGGAACAGGCCAAAAUGAUUGAAUUCGGUGAAAAGGAAUUCUCCAAGGUUCUGGGGUGGGAUAUCAAGAGUUAGCUAAAUGCCCAGCUUAUGGGAUAAAGCAAAAAGAGCAUGCAGUUUUGUUGUAGUGGUUAUUUGGUUGAAACUAAGUUAAAUUGUGGCCAUUUAAAAAAUGCCACAAUGUUGUUGUGUGAUGUUUUCAUCCCUCUCAUAGCCCUAAAAC